GAAAAAGCUCAAGACCCAGAAAAUUAUCGAUUCUCAAGUUCCACGGAUCUGCCAUCGAGAAUACUGCGGUAAAUUUAAUCGAGGGGGCACGUAAACAGUAGUUCAUUGUCCCCGGAUGUUUUUGGUAACCAAGAAAAGGUAAAUGGAGGACUCGAGAAGACAGAAUCUCAAGGAGGACGAUGACGUCAGUGUGAUCGCGAUAAUAGGAAAAGAAAAAAAUCGAACUACGACGCAACGGGAAAUCGUGGAGUCAGAUAUGACGGAGGAUCGGUUGCAGGAAGAUCCACGAAUGUUCGAGUUAGGCGAUGAACGGUCGAAGAUGGCACUCCGGAAACGGCUGGACCUAGAGCCGUUAUCGACGGAGCAGCAGGAGUCGACGACGGAUUACAAAGGGAUCGAGAUUUUGCAGAAACUUCCCCCGGGAACGAUCGAGAUCAAGCAGGAUAAAAAGUACAAGGACGACAGCGAUUACGUGAGAGAUUCCACGGAGAGCAGUAGCGGAGGUUCUACUUCCGGUGCAACCACGAAACUAAGGAGAGUUCAUCGAGCGACGAGAAAGAAUCGUGGGACAGGAGAGAUUCGAAGGAAUCCAAUACGUGUGACAAAGAAAGAUCCAGACAAGGAUUUUCCCAGACCAAGGAAGCAAUUGCUCUCAGCGAAGAGGAAAGGAUCAUUCUUUGAUCUGGAGCCCAGCAAACGAGGAAGGUCUUCUACAAUGCCUUACAUGAAUACACGAUCUGUCACACGAAAAAUGUACAAUGUAGGGGCCACUUAUCAAGCGCCAACAGUAAGGGAUGAAAUGGAAUGGAAAGAAUGGCCAGUGCAUGGAAUGCACGAAAGACCAGUCUUUCAUCCCGAGGUGGGUUUAGCCGCAGAAUACUUGGGUCGUUACUACACUAGCCUUAAUGGACUUUCUUAUCGCGAGAUAGUAGAUCGUCCUGAAAUAGAAGUAGUAUCUGUAGAUCCUCACUGUGAUUUCCUCCCGUCAUCUGGCGAAAAGAAACGAUACAAAAACACGAGGACCAACCGAAACGUUUCGAACGCUACAAACGCAAAAGCAUCUUCUUCUGGAAGGCAUAAAUCCUUUCAGAGCUGUAUGCACGAAAGUUUCCAUUCUGUCCUCGGUUAUUGUUCGCAGGUGAUGACCUCCACCUACAAAACCAACAUAGGGGAUAAGAUCAAAAAGUUAAAUGAGAAGAAAAAUUUGUUCAGCAUCGCCAAAGAGCCAGAGAAGCAAUUUGUUGCGAUUACCGCAGAGUCAAUCAUGAAGAACGAGCUGUCCAUCACAUGUAAAGAGAAUUCCCAGAAACCAGUGGAAACGAACAAAAUGUUGGACAACUAUCCUGUGACUAUGAUGUCCCAGAACAUUAAGACAUUUAAUCAAGUGCCAAAAACGCGAUUGUUCCCCGCGCAAAAAGUGUACGUAGCCAAUUCUCAAAGGUCUAUUGCCUUCACCAACCUGAAGACCUUUCAGGGCAGGCAAAUGAAGAUACAGGACAUGGUACGACCUUCGAACAAUCCUCUGAUACUGGUGAAUACCUCAGAAUCGAAGGAUGCUCAGAUUUUGAGACCCCUGCCUAACAACAUGAAUCUAAUAAAACUGGAGGACACUGUCAGUAAUGAGUCUUUGUUCGAUAUACCUUCGGUGUGCAAGAACGCGAUCCCCAGCGACGACCAGCCAGAGAGUUCGAAGGCGAAACAAGCUACCAUGAAACGUGGAAACAAAGUGGAGUUUACAGUCACGAAGUAUCUUCUCGACAGCUCGCAGCAAACCAAAAACCAGGUGGCAAAAGAGAUGACCAGUAGUGAAACAAAGCUAUCCUGCGAUACUGCCAGUAAGGAUGUAAAUACAAAGACAGUGCCCGAUGGUCUGACCAAGACUUGGUGCACCAAUGACGCGUCUGAGAUCGCGAAAAUCCUGUCCGAAUACAACAAGAGUAGUACGAAGAAACCAGCUAUUGGAAACCAAGGAUUCUACACCAAUUUGAAAAACAUGAGGGUGAAGACAGUGUCCAAUAAAGAUGAGGGUACGAAACAGUGUGCUCAGGAGAACAGUUUGGAGAGAAAUGUGAACGUGACGUUUCCUCAGGGCAAGUGGAGACGAUUCCAUUUUACAGUAGAGAAGAUGAAAGACAUAAAGGGAGGCUUGAAUGAAAAAAAGCUCCUGUCAGCAGUGUCCAACAGACAGUCAUUGUUCAAGAUUGAUCAAGCGACUGUGGACUCUACGUCAGAGAAAAAGACUGAAGAUUUGAAACACUUGGAACCAGCUCAAAAGUCACAAUCAAGUGCAACGAACGUGGAAAGAAAGGAAAAUAUCUCAAUGAACAAUGUAGUAGAUGCAACAGCGAUGAAAACUCAUUCGUUGCAAGAACUGUUAGAAAAUACAGCGAUCCUAUACUGUGCAGCUACUGGAAGUCACCAGGAUGACCUGGCUAACUACAUCGACAGUCUGGAUGCUGCUCAGAGCAUAGAAUGGCUGGAAACGUGCAAAAAUUUGACUAUCCAGUAGUUCUGCAACUCAGACCCAAAAGACCGUUCGGAAUUUUAUACACAUUUCUUUUGUAA